AUGGCUGGAAACUCGGCCAAAAAACAAGCGCAAGCUAAUGUACAGACAUUGAAACGGCUAUACACGAUUGUGGGCGGCGUUGUUGGACUGCUGGUGCUAAGACUUUUGUUCUGCAGUGUAAAACGGUGGUUUUGGAUCUUGUUAUUCCACGUUCCAGCUGCUGUAAGUAUGUACAUGCUGGAGAAGAAUGGCAGACCCAACUACGAUCUUGCAGGACACGUUGUUCGCGAAGGCAUGGAUCUAGCUCAGAAGGGUCUGACCGAAUGGAUGUUCGACGUCGUCUACUUGUCACUAUUAGCUGAUUCUGGAGUCAUUGUCUUCAAUACCAUGAAGUUGUGGUACAUCAUGUUGUUGGUGCCUGUUUAUUUUGGCUACAAGAUUAAGAAUAUUGCCGGUUCCAUGCUGGGUGGAAUGAACAACGCACGGGCUCCGUCCACUCAAGGUCAAGGGUCCAGUGCCUCAUCGUCUGCCGCGGCCACGAAAUCCAAGAGACAAGCAAAACGUGAAAAACAGGGCGACAAAGUACGCUACAAGUACAAGUAG